CCAUUCUCCAAUUCUCGUUUUUAAAAUCCCACCCUAGGUUUGUUUAUUAUACGACUUAUUGAAAACUGUUAACGGUUAUAAUGUGUUUUAGAUUUUUUUCCCAUUACUCAUCACAUUCAUCCGUAGCACCGCAGCUAGCUAUAGUCAUUACUCGAUUCUGAUUCUGAUACAGCAACCAACUUUGGAAACCUCACCUCCCACCUUCCAAACCAUCUCUCUCUCAACGGUCGAAGAAAAACACGAUCCAUUUGACAGAUCGAAGGAGAAAAGGGGCUAGCUCAUAAAACCCUCAAUACUCAUCAGAAAGGCAACGGGAAAUCGCCGUCGGAAAAGACCUGAACUUCUUCUCCAUCAUUUGGCUGUGGAGAAAUCCGGCUGGAAAAUAUGCCGUCCUCUCCCAAGUUUUUCCACGCGCGCCCACAUUCCUGGAACAGCCAUCGAUUGACGGCCAUGAUACUCUGUUCGCUCAUCGGGUUCUCGUGCUUCGUCUUUGGGUUCGUCGCGAUUUCGCGGGCCGGGCUCGGUAAGGGGUGCAAAUAUGGCAAGCCUAUAUCGGUGACUGUGGCCUGGGAUAGAUCUUCGGCUGGUGGUGCGAAGGAUGGCGGCGUUUUGGGUGAAGGGCACAAGCGUCAGAAGGUGAUGGGAUUCGUGGGUGUGCAAACAGGAUUUGGAUCUGCGGGGCGCCGUAGAGCUUUGCGUCAGACUUGGUUCCCCUCUGAUCAUCAGGGACUUCAACGGUUAGAAGAAAGCACGGGGAUGGUUUUUAGGUUUGUAAUUGGUAGAACCAGUGAUAGAUCGAAGAUGGCAGCGCUUAAGAAGGAGAUUGCUGAGUACGAUGAUUUCCUGCUGCUAGAUAUUGAAGAGGAGUAUAGUAAUCUACCAUACAAAACCUUAGCCUUCUUUAAAGCUGCUUAUGCUCUGUAUGAGUCUGAUUUCUAUGUCAAAGCUGACGAUGAUAUCUAUUUGCGACCAGAUCGUCUUUCCUUGCUCCUGGCCAAAGAGCGUUCUCACUCACAGACAUACCUUGGAUGCAUGAAAAAGGGUCCUGUGUUUACUGAUCCAAAGUAUGAACCUUUGGCACAUUUGCUCGGCAAGGAGUACUUUCUUCAUGCAUACGGUCCAAUUUAUGCUCUUUCAGCAGAUGUUGUGGCAAAUUUGGCUGCCUUACGAAAUGACAGGCUAAUAAUCUUUUUUCGAAUGUUUAGCAAUGAGGAUGUUACUAUUGGUUCAUGGAUGCUUGCAAUGAAUGUGGAUCAUGAGGAUAGUAAGGAACUAUGCAGUGUAGAGUGUACAUCCUCGUCUAUUGCUGUCUGGGAUAUUCCAAAGUGUUCAGGACUUUGCAAUCCCGAGAAGAAGAUGUUGGAACUUCAUAAGUUAGACGUAUGUUCAAAAAGCCCAACUCUUCCAUCCGAAGGAGAAGAUGAUUAGCACUCCUUUUUGAUCGAGUUCAGUUACAGAAAUCACGUUCACGGCAGUAGUAUUCUGCUCGUACAGCUCUUUAUCUUUUUGUACCUAAUUCUUGUCACUCCCUUGAGUAACAGAAAAUUUUGGUGACCAUGAUCUUAUUACUUUUAGACGUUGAAAAGGUGUACUGGAAUUAUCAAUUCUUGUGUCAUAUGCUGGACAUUUAAUUGAAUAUUCUUUAGUUUCUUAUUCCAGAUUGAUCAAUAUUUAACAGA